AUGUCACAAAGUUUGGCUCAUCCAAUUGAAGAACGACGUAAUUCAAUCGAUAGUGCGGGAGAGCUCAGUCCAUCUGAACUACAUUAUUCAUCUUGUGAUCUGCCCCCACAUCCUGGUUCAAUUCUACGAAAAUCAUCAUCAUCUCCUAUACAGUCAGAUCUACCAAAUAUUUAUAGUAAUCUUCGAGCUAUUGAUACUGAGCCACCUACCAAAUCAAGUCAUGGACGCAAUAUUCUAAAGAAAUUACUACGAAUAAACGGAUCUUCUGAUAGCAUCGGUGAUCAGCCUGCGGCAUCUACUCCCUCGACAAAUGGAACCACAACAUCAACACCAACAUCAUCGUCGUCGUCAUCUUCGUCAAAGGGUUUAAAACGAGGUAAAAGUAUUCAAAGAAGUAAGGCAUUACAGCAUACUGAUUCUGAUGUGGAGUACUUUGGGGAACAGGUUGACCUACAUCCAGAUAUAUCCAAAUCUAUAGGUCAUAUCAAGAUUUCGCCUACCUUUAGCAAUGAAGGUUUACCUUUACUUAAAGUUUCUCACAAAUCAAAGAAAAGAAUUCUUUUUUACAUCGACCCUACCAGCUUUAAAUUCACCUGGAGGGUUGCAACUGGAUCUAAUAUUGGAAGUGCAUCCAGCCCAAAUACACCCAUGACGGCUUCCCUUUCAUCAAAUUCAGCUGGUACAAACGGUAGUGGUAGUAAUGCUAGUGGUGGUACUCAUAGAUUGUCUAUAUCUGCUGGACGCUCACUACAUGAGUUCAAUAUUGAUGACAUUAAGUCUGUUUACAAACAAAAGCAUGGCAGUUCUUACCGAGAAGAAUUGCGUAUCUCACAAGAGUUUGAAAAUAAAUGGAUAACUAUUAUUUAUUUUAAUCACAAGAAAGGGACUUUGAAAUCACUACAUUUAAUUGCGGAUUCUGAACAUGACUUCAAGAAACUAAAUACGGCUGUGCAGAAUUUAAGAAAUUUAAGGUUUGAGUUGGCAAAGGAAUUUUUAAUUGAUUUGAAUAAUCUUAAUGAAAAUUAUAUGAAAGUGAUACUAAAUGAAGAGCUUCAAAGUCAGCAGCAUAGUAAACAAAUAAGAGAAUUUCUUUCAUUUAAUGAUAUUCUUAAGUAUGUCAAAAGAUUAAAUAUCAAUGUCAACACCAAUCAUUUGAGACAGAUUUUUGACCAAGCAUCCCAGAGCGGUGGUGAUGGUACUUUUGAACAUGGGUUGAAUUUUGAUCAAUUCAAGCGGUUUGUGUUCAUAUUAAAGGAGAGAAAGGAUGUCCAAAGCAUUGUUGAAGAUAAAAGUCAUGGGAAGAAAUACAUGAGUUAUGAUGAUGUAAAGAAGUUUAUCAAACACACACAGAAAGAUGACUUUGAUAGCGAAUCUAUACAACAGAUUUAUGACAAGUUUUGCAAUGAAGACGGUGUCUGGACCGCUGAAAGUUUAAACGAUUUUCUUAUGUCAAGUUAUUCUAAACCAUACCGUAAUUUUGAAUCAAAGCAUUACUAUGAACAUCCGUUGAACGAAUAUUACAUUUCAUCAUCACAUAACACGUAUUUAACUGGUCGGCAAGUUGUUGGAGAAUCGUCAGUUGACGGGUAUAUUCGUGCAUUGCAACGUGGAUGUAAAUGUGUCGAGAUAGAUAUUUGGAAUGGUGAUGAUCCCAAUGAGUCUGAACCGGUGGUCAAUCAUGGGAGAACUUUUACCAAGUCAAUUGGAUUGACUAACGUUAUUAGAACAAUAAAGAAAUUUGCAUUUAUAACUUCUCCCUUCCCAGUCAUUUUAAGUUUGGAAAUUCACUGUUCGGGACCAAGUCAAUUGAAAGUAGUUGCAAUCUUGAAGGACAUUCUAAAAGAGGAUUUGAUUCUUGCUCCAAUUGAUGACAUGCCAGUCUUGCCAUCACCUAAUGAUUUACAACACAAGUUCAUUGUGAAAGUAAAGAAAACAACUGCAUUUGAGAAUUUAAUUGAAAUGGAUAAUGGAAGUUUCACUUCCACUACAAGUACAUCAACAUCUACUUCCACUUCCCAAAGUGAAGACAACGGAACAAACAGUUCUUCUAAAUCCACGUCGAUAAUACUCCGAAGAAAGAACAAAACACCCAAAGUAAUCAACGAAUUAAGUGAUUUAGGUGUUUAUGCCCAGGGUUUGAAAUUUAGAAACUUUUCUUUGCCGGAAUCCAAAACGUACAACCAUUGUUUUUCAUUAGGUGAAAAGACUAUCAAUAGAAUUCUCAAGGACGAAUCUACCAAGAAUCAGUUAUUAAAGCACAAUAGAAAGUUUUUGAUGCGUGUUUAUCCUGGUGGCACAAGAAUAAAUUCAACGAAUUAUCUGCCACUUCCAUAUUGGGGAGUAGGAUGUCAAUUGGUUGCCACAAAUUGGCAGACUAUGGAUCAAGGACAAUUGCUAAAUUUGGCUAUGUUUUCAUCGAAUUCUAAUAAAGGUUAUAUUUUGAAAUCUAGUUCCCUUAGAAGACCAAUAUUAUCAUCAAAACUUCCAACAUUCAUUCAAUCAAAAUUAACAAAAUCAAAGUUCAAUUUUGAAAUCAUAAGUGCACAUCAAUUACCUAAACCUAAGACAAAAGAAGAUACAACACCGCCAAAUAUUUUUAUAACGUUUGAAAUAAUUGGUGCUGAUGAUAUUAAUUGGAAAAGUUCAAGUAUUCCUAAAACUACAAAAAUAGUUGCCCAAAAUGGUUUCAAUCCAAUUUUUAAUGCAAAAUUCAAUGGUGUUAUGACACUUCAAAAUGAUUUAGUAUUUAUGAAAUUAGUAGUUUAUGCGACUACAUCAGCAUUAAAUCCUGAUCUUGGUGAACUGACUCCAAUUGGUAUUUCAGUAGUUAAAAUUGAUCAUCUUAAAAAAGGUUAUCGUUGCCUUCCAAUUUAUGAUUUAUUAGGUGAACAAUUGCUUUAUUCUUCACUUUUUAUGUAUAUAGAUUAUGAAGAUUUUCAAUAG